CAAAUCAAAACAUUCCACUAGGGUACACGAAACGAAUAAGGCAUAUCGAACUGCAAAUCAUCUUUGUAGUUUCGAGUACCACACGGCGUGAACACUUCCACAUAUCCCUCUUGUCGCCCUCAGCAAGAUAGUCCAUUAAACACCUGAAACCUUUCCUGGAUUGGUUCAUUUAUUGCAGUCGUUUAGUUAUCAAAUAUUUCUUUUCAUUGGUGACUCUAAUCUGAGAAAUUGAAGAGACUGCGAUUUGGGUGUACCAGAGGAUUCGAAUCGGUGCGUGGGUGUGAAGAAUUGAAGGCAUUGGCGUUGUCUCGACAGUGUGGAUCGCGAGAUGGGUUUGUUGAGAAAUGUCAAUUUUGAUCUUUGAUUUCACUUUUGAUGAUAUGGUUUUGUGAGAAAUUUGAUAUUUGAUGUGGGUUUUAUUGAUAGUUUAAUUUUUGAUGUGGGUUUUGGAGACGGGAUUGAUUUUUUACUCCUGAUAUUAUUUUUUCGGUUUAAUGGGUAUACGGGUUUUGGGUUUGAGGUGAUGAUGAGAUAUGAUUUGUGGAUUAUAGAUGGAGUGAGUUUUAUGGUUUGUGCAUUCAAUUUUCAGUGAUACGUUGAUUCUGAUACUGUGUUAUAGGAGACACUGUUUGAUUGUUUGUAUGUGAGCUACGGUGUAUGAUUUUUUAGUCAGGAUUUAGGAAUUACAAAGAAGUACAAACCUUACUUGAUUCUUUGAAGGGAUUGAAUUCUUAUAGUAUCAUCAUUUGUGAAUAUGUCGGGCGGAACUCCGGUAGGGGGUGGAUUCAUGAGGCAGAGGCACAGCCAGGGAUAUGCCUCGAGUGGUGAUGACCUUGAGGAUGAUGCAUGUUCAAGAUUAGCCCCUCAAUCACCAUCCUUUCCAGGGCCUCGGUCAUGGGUCGAGGUUAUGGAGAUUGUUCUUUGGAUUGCUUCUGCAGUUUUUAUCAUAUACUAUGGUGAUCUGCACUAUAAUUUUAUUUACCUCUUAUGGCAUGAUGCUCGGAUUAGAAGAAUACCGUUGUACCUUGGGAUGUUGAGUGUUGUUUUGAAUGUUCUCUUCAUAUUAUAUUCAAGUAUGUCAGCCUGGGGUGUCCGGAAGUCCAGUGAGAUGUGGGAAAUUUCAAGUGCAUCUGCCCUGCCAUUUAUUACUAUACUCGGGCUCAUAUCGUUUUGCUUGUUCUCCUUUGCUUUGUGGCCAAUUUGGAGUUUCUUGACCCUGCCUCUUGUGUUUACACUUUUUAUGGCUUGCAUGGUUAUAUUGCCAUAUUUGAUGCAUGGGACAUUCAGACGGCAAACAGAUGUGCUUCGUAUGGAUUAAGCUUUCUUGGAUUCAAGACAAAACAUAAUGUUCAAUUUAAAUGACGAGUUUGUAUAUCAGAUACGGAUGGUUGGUAGCAUUUGUAGCUGGAUAAAAGUUUUGUUCUGUUGUAGUUGAUGCAUCCCAUCUGAUGUUGGUGCUAACAGAAAGAUAAAGCUGAUUGUCAAUUAUUGGUCCUUCUUUGUUACACUAAUCCAUAAAUGUUCCAGCUUCAUCAACCUUCAACCUUAUACACCACUAUAAUAGAUUGGAAUGAGAUAAGUUUUCGUUUAUUAUUAUUAUUAGGUUCCGGUGAGGGUUGAUUAAUUUUUAAUAGACCAGAUAUGCAGCGUUUAAUGUUUGACGUGUGAUUGUAACUCGUAGAGAGAAAAGGAGAGAUCUUAAACUAUGGAAGGGGAAAGGUAUAGAGUUGCAUGUUUUGGUGAAUUCAUGGAUUUAUAGUUUUGUGA